GACUUUUUAUUUAUUCAAUAUAUAUUUAUUAUUUCAUAAUAUGCUAUUCAAUAUAUAUUUAUUAUUUCAUAAUAUGCUAUAAACAUAUAAUAUAUAAAAUAAUUUAUAUAUAUAAUGUUCAUCCCGCGCAAGGCGCAGAUCUUAACCUAGUGAUUAUUAAAAGAGUGACAUUAAAUAGACCACUCAAUACUUUACUAUAAAUCACCAACUUCGAAUAUGGAAAUAAAUAAAUAUUAAACUUUUUCCUUUGAUGUUUAGUCAUUUAAUGUAUUAAAAUGAUAAACAUGAUUAUUUUUAUGAAAAAGAAAACUGAAAAAUAAAUUUGAAGAUGGAGAAAUUCCUGUAAAUUUUAUAUAUUUGUAUAUAUAAUGUUACAGAAUAGUUUGAGCAAAAUUUAGUUGCAUAACCUGUUUUUCUCCUUCUUUUCAAUUUGCCAACAGAGAAUGAUUUCGAUUCUCUCCAUUGAAGAUCUGAAAGAGAAUGUAUGAUUUUAGUUUAGCCCAUCUAAAUUUAUUUUAGGCUUAACAUAGAUUUUUAAAAUCUAUAAAAUUGGCUAAAUAAAAUUGAAUGUGAAUUCUAUUAUGUUUUUAUAAACGUAAAGUCAAUUAUGAUGAGGUAAAAAAAAUAAACACAGUUUUUUAAACAACUACCACCUUUAAAAAAACAACAAGAAACAUUAUUUAAUAUUUUGUGAUCUUUCUAUUCUUUAUUAAAUUUGAAACAUAUUCUUAUACGUAGAGAAAAAAAUUGCAAAUACAUAAUUCAUUUUAAAUAUCAAGUAUGUUAGUAUUUUAGGUAUUUCAUCUCGGGUUAUCACCUAGUAGAAAAUAUAGGGUCCAAAUGAUGACAUCGAGAAUUAAGGGAAAUAGUCAAUUCCUACUCAUUCCUUAAAGUUUACACCAUUAUGUAAUUUUUGCUGCGUUUUAUUUCUUGCCAUUCUUUGAAUUUUAAGAAACUAUAGAAGAAAAACAUUCAUUAUCAAAAUUGAUAUGGAACCGAAAGAAUAAAUAUUCAUUUUCAUUUUUUUUUAUUUUGAUCCUAUUUAUUUCUUUUUUGCUCAUUAAUAUUCCUAUUUUAAUGGUCGCCAGUUAGAGCUAAGAGCAACACAUAAAUAGUUAAAAUGAAAGCGUUACUUUGAGCGCAACCAGUACUGCAAAAAUCAUGUGUGUAUCUACGUUGUUCAAAACUGAUGAUAUGAUUGCAUCCUUAGUCAUUUCUAGGAUAAAGACUACUGAAAUCAAGAUGAUUAUGCGAUAGUUAGUAUUCACAGAACCAUUAUGUCGGGUUACUGUGAAAUACUCUGACCAAAGCAAGGAUAAGAUCCAAAUAAACGAUGUGAUAUGUAGUUAGUAUGUACAAAGAGUAUCAACUUAUGAUUAAGAGCUACGAAAUCAUACUAGCAUCAAUUCAAUCUAUCAAUUAAGAAUAAUUAAAUGAAAUAAGAAAGUACUCCAUAAGAGAAGUGCAUCAGUAGUUAUUAGUUAAGAUGAAGCAUUACUUGGAAGUUGGAACUUGCUUCUUAGAGACCUUAAACAACAAUCGAGAGAAAACAAUAGUCGAGAGGGAGACUGAAGUUUGUAUCUCAUCGUACCAAUAACAAACAUCGCCAUAUACGUCCUAUGAGAAUAUUAAUCGAAAUCCAAUAUUUCUGUUCUUACAAAAUCAUGAUUUUUAAUAAAUUGUUAAAUAAUAGUAAAUUCAAAGUGACAAAUACCAAAUAGAUAUUCUGUUUGGUCUUGUCUUAUAAUGGGUCUUCAAAGGCUCGACGGUUUCUCCUUGGGUUAAGGAUCAUGUGUGGUUCAACAGGUUACUUCAUUGCUUCAAGCAGAAGCCUUAGCAGCUCCUUCAGCUCUCCUCGACGCCAAGAAACUUGGUUUCUUCAAAAUAUGUAUCAAAUCUGAUUGUCAAGUACUUCUUGUCAAAGCAACCUCUUCAAGCUCCAUCCGACUAAUCUCUACAAAAUCACCCAGGACAUUAAAGCUCUUUUUUUUUGUCAGGACAUUAGGCUCUAUCCUCUUUUUCAGCUCUUUAUUUUUUGUCUUUAUUGCAAGGAACUUCAACCCUUUAGCAGACUUCAUUGCUUUUAGCAGACUUCAUUGCUAAAGAAAUUCUUUGUUAGGCUUGGGCAUUCGGGUCGGGUCUUGUUGGGUCCUGAUCUUUCGGAUCAUAGAUAUUUGGAUCCAAUAGGGUAGUCAGAAUUUGUCAGUUCAGAUUUAGUUGGAGUCAUGUCAGAUCCGGGUCGGUUUGGUUCUUAAAUAUUUGGGUUCAAUAAAUAAUUAGAAUUUGUCGGUUUGAAUUCGAUUCGGGUUUUGUCAGAUCCGGAUUGGUUGGAGGAUUAAAAUGCAUUUAAUCCUAAAUAUUUUUUUAGAAUUUUCAUAUAAAUAUCCAUAUAUUAGUUAUUUUGUGGGAUAAUUACUAGUGCUUUAAUGUGGUACUAGAUUUUGAUCCGCGCUUUAAAAGCGCGGGAUAAUUUUUAUUAAAUUAUUUUAAUAGAAAUUUUAACUUCAAAUAUAUAUAUAUAAAGUUAUUAAUUUAAAGUGUAUUAAAAUGUUGGGCAUUUACCUAUAUCCGAAUCUGAACCUGAGCCCGAUCGGAAAAGUCCUAACUGAAAUUCGAAUCGAAGUAGCAAAAUAUCCGCGGAUAUUGAAUUAAAAGAGAUUGAAUAUCCAAACCGAACAUGUAAUAUCCAAGCUCAAACGGAUUUCUGAAAGUAACAGAGCAUAUGUAUAUUUAACCUUGUAUUUUUAGUUUACUUCUCUUAUUUUAUUCAAAAAAAUUAUAUUAAUUAUGUAAAUGGCUAAAAAUCAUAUAAUAUACAUAUAAUUGCGGACAAAGUGAUUUGCUAUUCAUUUAAAAUGCAUGUUAAGCUUCUUGUUACAUUCAUUAACAAAAGUUGCAUUCAAAUUAUCAAAAAAAAAAACUAAAUUAGUAUUUUUCUAUUUUCAAAAUUUUGUUGCAUUGAUAAACGUUCAACCUAUUAAAAUUUUAAAUAAUCAGCUAAGUUACCUGUAAAAUUUUAAGUAUAAGCAGUAAGAGUGAUGAAUAAUUUGAUUAUUUUUUUCAAAAUCUAAAAUAUUCAGAACCCAAUCCAAAAUAACUGAACCCAAAUUAAAAAUACCCGAACCAAUAUCUAAAAAUACCUAAACAGAUUCUAAACGCCUAUACCGAAGUACCCUAAAAUCCAAAAUACUCAAUCAGAACUCAAACGGGUAUCCAAACGCCCAUGCCUAAAAACAUUAUGGUCCCUCAUAUACUAUUUUAAUUAAAAUAAUUGAAAUUAGUUAAAAUUUUAAUUUAAUUUUUAUAACUUUCAAGUUUAACUUUUUAUCUUAAAUUUAUGAAUAAAUAUGCAAUUUUAUUUUGUGAUGUAUAUCGUUUAUGUUUGUAGAAAAUAAUUUUAAAUAUAACUGCCAAACUGUAUUUAUAUUUCUAGGUCUUAGCCCGUAUGACUGAAACCGUUAUAAUAUUCUUUUUAAAUAUAUAUAUAUAUAUAUAUAUAUAUUUGAUACUAUUAAAUUAAUUUAUAUUUUUAAUAUUAUAAAACUGAAUAUGAUGAUAUAUUUUCACCUUUUUUGCACUGCUCUAUUUUAUAAUAAAUUUAUUAUAAAUUUGAUUUGAUAGGUUUGUUUAGCCUAUUUGUAUUUGAUUAAUAUUUUGUUUCUUAUUUAAUAGAAUAAUUAUAAAAUAUGCAUGCAGAUUUGUAUGUAGUGGUGAUAACUUUCAAAAAUUUAAUCCAAGAGAUCCUACUUGUCUUGCUAUGGCGGUGACGUGAUUCGAUUAUAAAAUGAAAAUCUGCAUGCAUGUUUUAUGUGUUUUAAAAUAUUUGUAACAUAAUGACAUGUUUGAUCAUAUUAAUUUUGUAUGUUUUUAAAUAACAUGAAUUUUGGAGAUGAAAUUUUCGAAAAUGAGAUAUUUUUAUUCAUAGAAAACUAAUUUAAAAAUGUUAUUAAUAAUUUUUACUUCUAUAAAUUAAAGCUUAUAACUUUAAGAAACUAUUAAAUUUAUAAUAUAUUAGUCUUAUUUUUCAUUAAAAAUAUAUGUUCAUAUAUCAUUAUUAUUCAUUAACUAAUAAAUACUAAUAUCAUUAUAUAUCUUAUAUUAACUAAUAACUUUUUUAAUUUAAUGAGAUUAAAUUGCUUAUAAUGUGCUGUUAUCGGAUGCUAUUAAUACUCACUUUUUAGAAGAAAAAAAGUCAAAAAAUUGGUUAUAAUGUAUUUUUAUAAUUUACGGUUUGAUCAAAUGAUUAUCUUAUGAGUAAUGGGGGCAGUGAAAUGUUAUCUAGUAAUUUUUAUUUCUUCUUAACCCAUUUGUAUUUUUUUUUACGUCAAACGGCUGAUAUAUUAUUCAAACUUGAAGUGGUCUAGGGAAUCAGAUCGGAAUAGAAAAACCAAUUAUUUUAGAUUAUUACAAAAUUUAUGGAUUCAAUUAAUUCUGGGCCAUAAAAUCUUUCGAAAUAUUUCAAAAUGCCUAAAAGGUCUAAUAAUAAAAACUUCUGAAAGUUAGUGUCUCGGAUUUUUUUAAUAUAAAUCACAUUUGAUAAGGUUAAUGCAUUUUCAUAAUCAUAUCUCAUAAAUUUAAGAUUUGUUAACAUAUAUAUGAACAUAGAAAAUCCCAAAAACAAUUGAUAGUUAAGAUUUUACAAACAAAUAUUUUUGUUUGCAAAAUAUUUUUUUUGUUUCCUUUUACUAUUCACAUUUUCUAUAUAAUUAUAAUUUGAAGGAAAUAAAUUUACAUAAUCAAAUGUGUGGCGAUUUAUUGGGAUUGUUGUUAAAACUGGUGGAGAAAAAUUCUAUCACAUAUUUAAUUUCUAAAUUAUUUCUUUUGUGGAUAUAUUAAGAAUAUAUUCUAAAAUAAUAACUUAUGAACAAAUUUGUUAACAUAAAUAUUAUAAAAAAAUUACACAUAUAUAUAUGAUGCAUAUUUUGAUGGGGUUGGUAUAUAUUUAAUGUUUCAAGAACAUUAAAUAUGGUUUAAGAGGCAUUUUACUUACCCAGUUUUAGUGGUUAUCGACAAUAUAAAAAACUGAAUGGUUUUGAUUUUUUUGUAUAGAAAACUGAAUGGUUUUUAUUUUAUUGUUAUGAUUCUCGAUUUUCAAAGUGAUAUCUCACUCUGUGGUUCGUAUUAACUGUAUUCAAAAUAUGUUCUAUGCUAUGCAAACUAACUUUAAUAAAUUGUUAUGAUACAGAUACGCAAAACUAAAGUAUAGCUAACCUGUCCGUAAUGUACUAACCUGUCCCUUUUAGCCUUCUCCUCGACUUCUCGCCGUCCUCAACAGAAUCCUCACAUGAGAAUAAGAAAAAUAAGACCAAACCCGCCUCUGAAAGAUCUCUAAACUUCACCUCAACCAAUUCACCUCACCUCACCUCACCAUGGUCGUAAAAGAAGAGCAAAGGGAGAGCGAGUGAGCCAAAACACCACACCAAACUCGAUCUAUGAUGGUUAAGAUAUGCUUUAGUGAUUUGAUUGAAAAGGAUAGAGAAAUAAGGUAAUAUUGUUGGAGAGGAGAACCUUUUUAUCGAUGAAAGAGAGAGAUAAUAGGGCAAAUAUAUAUUUUGUUGGAAUAAAAGGGAAAACAGAAUUUAAUAAAAAUCAUAGCUUUAAAAUAUUUCAGUGGCAUGGCUCUGUAAAUACUGUUGAAACCGGAGGACACCUCAAAAAAGGGCCUUCUGUUUUAAUAGUAUUGAUGGUGGUAUUUUAAUAUGAGUUUGAAAUGUUAAACUUGGUCAAUAGAAGCAUAUAUUAUAAAUAAGUCAUGCUACUAUCUUGAAUCAGCAAUUGAACGAGUUAUAAUAUAACCAUGACCCAUCGUUUUCGGGUCUAAAACCAACUAAAACGGGUUAUAAACCUGUUAUUAAUCAGAAUAAUAACGCUUAACUAGAUUAAGUUAAGUUUUGGAAAAACUACAUUAUAUGAAUCUGUAAUGCUGAUGACAAAAAAAAAAAACUAGAGUAAGUUUCGUGUACUCCAUAGGAUCUUAGGUGCGGUCUAAGAGACCAGCGGAUCCUCUACUCCAAGACCCAAUAGAGUAAAAUGACAUUAUUUUUCGAUCUUUUCGAGGUGGUUCCGGUUCAGGUUUCGGGUCUGGAAAAUGCACAUACAUGCCUAUUCUUUUUAAUGCUUCAUUCACAAACUAGAUUUGAGCUUUAUUAAUAUAUUUGAUUAAAAAAAAAAACGUGAUGGAAGUAUAUAUUUUUGAAUAAAUGUUUUAAUUUAUACAAAUCCGUGAAAUAAUCCAUCGCUCCAAAAGUCGAGGUUCUGGCCUAAACAAAAGCCACAAGCCCAAAUCUCACGUUAAAAUGCCAUACCGAUCUUUUCUCUAUUCCCACGCAAAAAACAUACUUAUAUCCAAGUUAUCAAACAAAACUUCAUCAUUUCCAAACCUAAACCCUUCUAAAAAACCCUAACAAGAAACCUUCACAAGGAUCAUUUUCAACAACAAUGUCGUUUGCUAAAGCCUUCUUUUUCAACCACCUGCAAACACUCUCAAGAGCCUCCCGCCCUCGCCUCCCGCCCUCGUUUUCCCCCGUCCGGCACAUGUCUUUUGCGACGCAGGAAGAAGCCGCCGCGGAACGUCGCCGUCGCAAGCGUCGUCUCUCCCUGGAACCAUCUCUCAACCCCUUGAACAGAUCCCCCCAACAACAACAACCUCAUAUCACUAGACCGAUCCAAAACCCUAACAUCCCGAAACUCCCGGAGUCCUUAUCCGCUCUCACCGGAAAACGCCUCCAUCUCCACAACCACAUCUUGAAACUAAUCCACGAGAACGACCUAGAAGAAGCCGCUCUCUACACACGUCACUCCGUGUACUCAAACUGCCGCCCCACGAUCUUCACCGUGAACGCCGUUUUAACAGCGCAGCUCCGUCAAUCCAAGUACGAAGCGUUUCUGCAGUUACACGGAUUCAUCAACCAAGCUGGCAUCGCCGCUAACAUCAUCACAUACAACUUGCUAUUCCAAGCUUACCUCGACGUUAAGAAACCAGAACUCGCUUUGGAGCAUUACAAGCUCUUUGUAGACAACGCCCCGUUGAAUCCUUCCGUUGCCACGUUUAGGAUUCUUGUGAAAGGUUUAGUUGAUAACGAGAAGGUUGAGAAGGCCAUGGAGAUUAAGGAGGAGAUGGGCGUUAGAGGCUUUAUCGCCGACCCUGUUGUUUACAGCUAUCUGAUGAUUGGGUGUGGGAAGGGUUCUGAUGGUGGAGGCGUUUUGAACCUUUAUGAGGAGUUGAAGGAGAAGCUUGGUGGGUUUGUUGAGGAUGGUGUUGUUUAUGGGCCUUUGAUGAAAGGCUAUUUCUUGAAAGAGAUGGAGGAAGAAGCUAUGGAGUGUUAUGAGGAAGUUCUUGGAGAGGAAUCAAAGGUGAAGAUGAGUGCUGUGGGUUAUAACUAUGUCCUGGAGGCUUUGAGCGAGAACGGGAAGUUUGACGAGGCUUUGAAGCUGUUUGAGGUUAUGAAGAAGGAGCAUAAACCGCCGAGGCGUUUGGCUUUGAAUUUGGGGAGUUUUAAUGUGGUGGUUAAUGGGUAUUGCGGAGAAGGGAAGUUUGAGGAAGCUAUGGAGGUUUUCAGGGGAAUGGGUGAGUUUAGGUGUAGUCCUGAUACUUUAUCGUUCAACAAUGUGAUGAAUCAGAUGUGUGGGAAUGGAUUGUUGGCUGAGGCUGAGAAGCUUUAUAUUGAAAUGGAUGAGAAAAAUAAGGUGAAGCCUGAUGAGUAUACUUAUGGUUUGUUGAUGGAUACUUGUUUCAAGGAAGGUAAGAUAGACGAAGGAGCUGCUUAUUACAAAACGAUGGCUGAGUCUAGUCUAAGACCGAACUUGGCGGUGUAUAACAGGCUGCAAGAUCAGUUGGUUAAAUCCGGGAAACUCGACGAUGCCAGAUCCUUCUUUGUUAUGAUGGUGAGCAGGCUCAAGAUGGACGAUGAUGCUUACAAGUUCAUCAUGAGGGCGUUUAGUGAAGCUGGGAGGCUGGACGAGAUGCUUAAGAUAGUGGCUGUGAUGCUGGACGAGGAUACGGUUAGAGUGAGUGAAGAGAUACAAGAGUUUGUGAAAGAAGAGCUGAGGAAAGAAGGGAGAGAGGAUGAUCUGCAGAAACUUAUGGAUGAGAAAGAGAGAUUGAAAGCGGAGGCAAAGGCGAGAGAGUUAGAAGCUGAAGAAGCGAAGAAGAGGAGUAUAUUUAAUAACAUAGCUUCGAUAUUGCCUCUUAAACGAGAGGAGGAAAAGAGUGAAGAUGAUUUGGGAUAAUAUUAACGGUGUUGUUGAAGGAGGAGAAGCAACGGUCAUGCUCCGCCGUGCUUGCUGAUUGUGGUUUUCUUGAAUUUAUUGGUCUCUGUUAAUAUUCAUAUCAUUUUUAUGUAAUUAGGAAUUUAUUUGGUUUGGACAAUAAGCUAUGAUUCACCAUUUGGUAUCAUGCCAGGUUCUAGAAAAAGCAAUUGUGCAAA